AUGGCCCAGUUCUCGAGCACAAACUUUCCCGAAUUCCUGAACACACUGUUCAGCGAGCCGUCGCUUAACGAGCAAUGUGACCCGAUAAACCUUGAAGAUGGCCAGAUAGCGCCGUUACUCGAGCUGCCGUUGGCAAAGGCAAUCUUCGGCCACAACUCGGACGACUUGUCUCUCGAGCGCGUAACCCGAGGCGAGAUUUCAUAUACCCAAUUUGUGUCGGAGAAGACGAAAGCAGUCGUGUCUACGCCGAUCAAUGGAUUGAGUGCUGCGCAACAGAAGUCCCAGCUGUUGCAUAUUGGUCUGGCUGCACUAUUUGCGUUCCUUCAGUCUAACGUCACUGGUCCUCCGCUGCAAUUCAAGUCCGCGGAUGUUAUCAUACCUGAGGCCUUACGCUCGAAUCCCGAUACUUUGCGCGCGCUCCGUGACAAGAUAAUCCGGGAUCUCUCUGUGGAUGGAGAGGCAGCAUAUAAGCUUACCCCUUGUGUGGAGCUCUUUGCUGCGGCCAAGGCUAUUUUGGUUGAUGCUGAUGUACUUGUCGAGGGUGGCCCGUUAGUGGCUCGGACUACACGGAUGCGCGUCAAUUUCCUCCACCAGAAAAUGCUAUCAGAAAUCACCAGCACGCUGCAGGAUGUUAUCUAUAAGGAUCUGGAUGUGAUCAGUGAGACACUGCUUAAUCAUAUGACCUCUGGCGCGGAAAAGGGCAAAUUCCUGCUGGAACGUGCUACCGUUCAUGUCCACCACGGCUUCGACGCUAAGGCUAGAGCGGACCUUGAACGGGCUGCUGCGGAGCGGAAGUUCGAGUUUGCUUUGACUGGUAGAUUGGGAAAGCGAACCAAGUUUCAACAAAGAGACAUCAGUCAGCUUGUCAUCUUAGCGAAGAGUGCUGAAGAUCCAAGCAAUACCGAUGGGGUUGAAACCUCGGAAAGGACCAAAGACAAUGCAGCUGCACCGACAAAUCUGGAUCUCAACGAUGAUACCCUUCUGGAGGCAAUUUCCUUCACUAAACCAGAUGAGCAAAAGUCACAAGGAAAGGCUGUGACUGUACAGGAGGAAUCUUCUCUUCCGCCCGCAUUAGCCUCUCUUGACCCGGGAGAGCAACCAAUGCUUGACCCCGUGGACUCUGCUAUCCUUCUUUGUUUCGCAGCAGCGAUCACUAACACCCGGCCUGAGGACGGACUGACCCGAGAAGAAACCGCUCCUUAUGCUACUCGUGUUCUUGACGGUGGCAGCUCGAACUGGCAAAUCUACACUCAAGCUUUGCUACUACGGAGCCGAAUUGAAGGGUACAGAUCCAGGACUGUUGAAAGAUCUGUCCUUCAGUUGCAAGCUCUUGUCGACCAGGUGCUUGCGGAUACCGCUACCUCAGAUACCCAGACAACAGAAGCCCAACAAGAGCCAACAACUUUUCUCCCAAGGCCCCAGAAAGAAGAGUCGGCGUCAGCUGCAGACCGUCUCAAGUACAUCUGGCUCCUGAGCUUUGCCACCCGUUGGGAUCUUGAGUCUGAGCUGGCCAACCGCUGGGUCAACCUGGGAGGGCUUCGAACCGCCCUAGACAUAUACGAGCGCCUGCAAAUGUGGGCUGAAGUUGCGCUCUGUUACGCCGCCACCGAUAAGGAAGACAAAGCCCGAGUCACUGUCCGCAGACAGCUUUACGCACCCACCGGAAACCCCGACGACGAGAACGAGCAAUUCGAAGGGCCGGAACUUUCCCCUCUUCCACCCGACGCCCCCCGCCUCUUCUGCAUCUUAGGUGACAUUCAAAGCGAUCCAACUUUGUAUGACCGCGCCUGGGAUGUCUCGAACCAGCGGUAUGCGCGCGCCCAGCGGUCUCUCGCCCGUCAUUUCCUGACCCUCAAACCGCCGGCCCUCGAAAAAGCUGCCGAAGCCUAUACGAAGAGCUUAAACAUUAACCGACUCAACCACGGCGCCUGGUUUGCCCUCGGCUGCGUGCAACUCGAGCUCCAGCGGUGGGAUGAAGCAGUUGAAUCUUUUACCCGCACAGUCCAACUCGAAGAUAAUGACGCCGAGGCAUGGAGUAACCUCGCAGCCGCAAUGCUGCGCACUUCCAAACCGUCUGAGUUGGACGAUUCUACAGACCAACUGGCGGAAGCGAGCGAACCCGCCGACGACGAAGAAGACUCCGAAACUCAACCGGCCAAACCCGCACGAGACCCGUACAAGCGCAAACGCGAAGCCAUCGUCGCGCUCCACCGCGCCGCACAGCUAAAAAAUACAGACUCUCGUAUCUGGGACAAUCUGCUCACAGUCGCCGCAUCCAUUCCACCCCCUCUAACACCCUACCGCGACGUCAUUACCGCCCAACGCAAAGUCAUCGAGCUGUUGGGUCCUAAGAAAGGUGAAAAGGCAGUCGAUAUCCCUAUCCUGGGAAUGCUAGUUGACCACCUAGUUACGGAUUACAACUAUGAGGAUCUCCUUAUCGACGUUAACCCGGACCCCGGAAACACGUCAAACGGUGACGGAGAUGUAAGCGGGAGGAAAUGCAGAACGAAGAAAGUCGUCCGCAGCGGCACAAUCCCCGGCUCCAUUCUUUCUUUAAUCGAAUCUUCAGUCGUCCCUCUAAUCACGCACUCUGCGCCCCUCUGGCUCCUCAUCGCCACGGUCGAGCGCUUCCGCAACAGACCCUCGAAAGCCCUCGAAGCGCACGAGAAAGCCUGGCGCGCGACCGUCGCUUCUGCUAGCCAGGGUGCGUUCCAAAUGGGCGAUGAGAAGCGGUGGAUGGAGAUUGUGAGCGCGACUGAACGGCUAGUGAGGAGUGGGUAUGCGAAGUAUGGACCACUUGAUAAGGAGGAUGAAGACGGUGAAGAAACGAAAGAGGUUGGUGAAGAAAAGGAGCUUGUUGCGAAAGAUUGGAGGUUCAAGGCGAAGAGUGCCGUUAGAGGAAUCAUGGGGAAGGGAAAGGAGUAUUGGGAGGAUACGGAGGGAUGGGGAAGGCUGAAGGAGUUGCAGGGCGAGGUUUCGGGGGGUAGGUAAGUAGCUAAGUAGGUAAAACUCCUAUAAAUAUGACUAUCCAAAUUAUAUUUCUCGUUUGCGUUACUUGG